AUGGCGACUGUGGGCGAAGCGGUGGUGGCACUGCCUCCUCAGAUCAUUCAUCUGAGGGAAUUCAAAGACGAAGCACGGGAAUGCGGCAGGCUUACUGAUCGGGCCCUUUCAAUCGCCAAGCAGCAGUUACACCUUGGAAGUCUGUUAAAUGUGCCCUUCUCCGAGCAGGCAUCAAGCGGAUCAGAGUUGAUCCAUGCUCACUUCGGCCCGUCAGGGUCAGAGGAGAAAUUCCUUGGAGCACCGGAACUGGGAGUGGUCACGUUGAGGCAACUACAUCUACAGCAGUGGCGGUGGCGAACGAUGGUGGAGCACCUGGGGCAGCGAGUCUGCCAACCGGAUCGGCCGUGGAAGCGCGAAUCUCCGGACCGGGCGCGACGACGACCUCCUCGAGUACCACUUCGUGAGCCUUGUAUCAGCAGCGCCGAGAAAGUGAUCCUGGCAGUCGGAACGAGGUCUUCAAUUCCGCGGAGAGCCUCGCUGCCGGACGAGAGAAACAAUGGGUUCUGGUCGGUCACCAGAAUCAGCGAAGUGUUACAUCGCAGAUUGGUGGCACCACUGCUGGAACAUGUUCAAGGACCAGAGCGAGGUCCGCAAGCCUCACCUACUUGGCGCUCCCCUACUUCAGCACAGGCGACCGAACCACCUUUGAUGUCUCCGGAAACCCGGAGGGCCAUGGCUGAGUGGACAGCUCAGCAGACUUCCUUAACUACUUCUGUGCCGGAACCUCCGCCUAUGAGGGACGACAGCUCGGCCGGAAGUAUGAGCCGGGAACUUGUGAUGGAGGAUGUGAGGAGGCAGGUCCAGAUUGCCAUGCGGACCCGAGACGCGGAACUACAGGCACUCAACGAACAGAACACUGAGCUGCAGGGCGCCCUAUGGGUGGACCUCAAGGCCUUGAAGCUGGAGGCGUUCCGCCGGGAGAAAUUGAAGGUUCAAGUCUUGUCCCGAGAGCUCCACCCGGUCUACCCGGACCUGCACCCCUACCUGGCAGCAAUCCACAAGAUCGGGGACGUGGUGAAGCACAACCCAUGGGCGGUCUUGGUGGGAUGCCAGGAAAUGACGGCGGAGACCAUGGGGUCUCUUGAUGGGUCCCGCUCUCGUUGGGGCGACGUUCCGAAGGAGAAGGAUGGCCUUUCUCCACUGGAUGUGUUGGUGCGGGGAAUGAAGCAGUUGCAGGAUGUCUACCUGGAAAAGAAGACGCCGGAGUUUGAGGCUCUGAAGAACAAUGUGGAGUUACCACAGCUCCCGGACCCGAUUGGGGAAAUGGGGGUAGAAUUCAGUGAUUGGCUGUAUGUGGCAGAGCAGAUCAUCGGAUCGUUGUCGGAUUCGUCGACAAGGUGGUUUGCAGAUACUUUGAAGUGUGCGAAGGAAGCCUAUGCCAAGCACCAGCUCGCGACUCCAAUGGAGAGGUUGUCUAUAUCACCUACCAUCCCUCCAGAGCUGGCAGAGGCAAGAUGGAGUCGGUUGGAGAGAAAGGUGAUGACGAUGCUCCUCACUGCGAUGCCACAGGCGAUCAAGGAGGACCCCGUAACGCAUCGGGUCGGCACUGUUGCAGGCAUCCUCUACAGGCUCCACGUGUUGUACGCUCCUGGAGGAUCCGCUGAGAGAUCAGCGAUUCUGAAACAGUUGGAAGGAACCGCCGGGGGAGAGAACAUCACCGAGGUGCUUGCCCAGCUUCGAAGAUGGCGAAGGACCCUCUCUAGAGCCCUGGAAAUGCAGGUUUCUCCUCCAGAUGCAUGCGUGUUGUUGAAAGGAGUGGAGCUGAUCACAGGAGCAGCGGUGCGCAAACAAUGCGACGUCCAGUUCAGACUUGCUCUUGCAAGAAAUGAGUUGCAGCUGCAGAACAGACCCACUCAGGAGACUGUCUUGAAGUACUUUGAUCACGUCCUAUCAGAGUUGCAACAAUCAGCGCCCUCCCGGCAGAGUACCCGAACUGGCCACUCCACUGAGGAGCACCCGCGCUUGAGAGCUGUAGAUGGUCAGGCGGGCACCGGUGGCACCGCGGCAAGGACGCCGCCCAGCUCGCCAGAAAAGGGCGAUGAUGGUGCCGGGAACCACAGUUCGGCAAGCACCACCCUGAGCUCUUCGGCUACUUCUACCGGCGACACCGUUGUCCAGGCCGAGCCUAUCCAGGCGUUUUCUCCCGAGGCCCUUCAAAAUCCAGAGCUUCAGACUUUCAUGAAGGAGGUGAAUGUUAUGCUUCAGAGAAUGGCCAGGCUUAGCGCCCUUCAGGUUGCGGAUGUUGAGGCGGUGGAGUCUUUGCAUGAUGAGGUGGCUCUGAAGUCCGUUGAGAUGGAAUCUUCAUGGGCCCUGCUAGACUCAGGUGCUACGCAUCCUUUCAGGCCUGCCCAAGGGGGCGAGGAUACCAAGGCUCCACCAGUAUCGGUCAAGCUUGCUGACGGCAAGACUGUGAUGUUGCACCAGAACAGGGCGGGCACUCUCAUGCCAUGCGGGAACAGCAGCAACAACCAGAGUUCCUCGAAUUCCUCCUUUACUACCAUUGUACCCCUCGGGUCGUUGGUGAAGGAAUUGGGAUGUACGGUGUCGUGGACAAAGCGAGGCUUACAAGUUGAGCACCCGGAGCAUGGCACGAUUUCCACCCACGUUGUGGGGUCUUGCCCUUACAUUGGCGAGUCGCAGGCUCUCGAGCUUAUUCGGGAAUUGGAAAAUCGCAAGCUGGAGCAACUGAAGGUGAACACCAUCGAGACUCAGCUGAGGAUGAAUGGCCUGGAAGCACAGUUGAGCUUUGGGGCUCAGUUGCAGGAAUACCGGCGCACGGGGAACCGCGCUGAUGGUCUCAAGGCUUUGAUGUGUGAGGACUCGGCGUUUGGUGUGCUUACAGAACAGCAACGAUGCACCUUGAUCCAGGACAUUGAUUUGAGUGACAAGGCAGGCCACCAGUACCUGAAGGCGACCCUUCUGAACAUUGACCUGAGUAUCAGCAAGGCCUUCAAUCUACGGGAGCCGAGUCCAGCCUAUCGAGCUCUUUUGUGGGCGGCAACGAGAGGUCAAGUUCAUGGUGUGCUUGGAGGACCUCCUAGAAAUGAGGGUGUCGGUGAUUUGGUUCUGAAGCAGAUGUUCCUCUGGGCGGUGGCACGGUCAGCGGCGGAAAACUACGAGAUCGUAGCAGCCUGGAGCCCGAGUGUUACUGUGGCUACGUCUCUUGACUUGAAGAUGCCGGUGAAUGAUUAUGAAGUUCAGUCUUCAACGGGAGCUUUGGAGUGGACGAAGGAGUUCAAGGAGAAGACCUCCACAGGUGGAUUCAACAUGUUCGAGCUGGCCAUGUACCUUACAACACACGUGACCCAGCUUCAGUCGAUCCACCAGACGACCUACGACAAGGUGACCCAGCUUCAAUCGAUCCACCAGACGACCUACCACAAGGUGACCCAGCUUCAAUCGAUCUAUCAGACGACCUACCACAAGGAGGAAGGUGUUCCAGAUGGUCCGUUAGCUGGAAGUGAUCGUGAAGAGCUAGAUCGUCUGAAUAGUGAAUACAAUGAGUUGGUUCGGGAGGUUGGGGACAAGAUCAACUAUCAGGUGCUGAGAUUUGCAGUCCCUAUGAGGUCAAGACGUGCUGUGGAGGUGAAUUCUCGAGUACGACAGUUGUACCUUCAGAUCAGAGCCGAAGGCCUACCAGUGGUCAGGUGCCACUCCGACCGUGCGAGGGAGUUGUGCAACGGAAAGCUUAGCGCAUGGUUGUUGGAGCGAGGUAUGCGGUGCAUCGUCAGCGACUACAAGCUCUUGGUGUAUGGGAGAGCCGGAAAGUACGACAUCGACAACAAGUGGCGUCAGGCUGUGUGUGUAGGUCAGUGUAGGUCGUCAGAGGAUGUGGCCCACGGACAUGUUGUGAAGUUUGCAGACGGCACUUUUGUGACGAGCCUGCAUCUCAAGGCGAACCUAGUGGACCCUGAUGAGAUGGUAGAUCUUGAGGUGGAGUUACCGCUACCAGAACGACGGUUGAAAAGAAAGACGAGAUUGGCUGCAAUCAUGGCGGACCACCCUUUGACCGUUGUGGAGGUGUUCGAGGCUUUGAAGAAUGUCAGGGUGAAGUCUAAGAAAGGAAGAGCUGGUUGUGGCGAAGGUUUAUCAUGGACCACCGGGAUGUUCGUGCAUGGAGGCGUCGCUGGACUUCGAGGCAACACCACAAGGAUGAGAUGGACUACGCGCUACCUAGUCGAGGCAGCCAAGCGGUUCAAGGAGGGUCGCGACUUCUCUGCUGUGGGCACCCUGGAGAAUGUGGACAUGCGUUGCCACAAGGACUCCCACAACGAUGUGGCCACCGAAAACGUUGUGGUGUUGAUUCGCAAGCCCGACUCUGGUGGUGAGUUGUGGGUAGAGAAUGAAGAUCUUGAUGCCAGGGAAGCUGAGUGGAAGCAGGUGACCAAGAAGGUAGCCAAAAAGGGAAGGUUGCAUGAACUUGAAGUUGGGGAUCCUUUUGAGUCCAAUCCUCGCAAAUGGCACGCGGUUGAGCCUUGGCAAGGAACCCGGACAGUCCUCAUCCUUCACAGCCCCAGAGCUACUCACCUCCACUGCAAGGAUCGUGACACCUUGGAGUUUGCGGGUUUCCCAAUUGGCAAGGCCCAGUGGAGUGGUGAAGAAGCAGCUUUCAAUGAGCCGGCGACCACAGGCCUAAGCCCUCAACAGGUGGAACUUCAUCUACUACAACCUUUGCCUACGGACGGGCAGGACACCUUCGAGGACUCUAUGUUGACCUUGACGGAAGAUCAAGAGCAGCUGAUUGAGGACUUGGAAGAAAGAUCGGCUAGGUUGCGACUACUUCUGGAAGAGGAAGAGGCCCUAGCUGAAGAGUGUCGUCGUGCAGGCCAGCAGACUGUGGAUGAGGUGGAGAAUGUUCGGGCAAUUAUUGAGGAAAUGAUCAGUGAUCUAGCGGUCUUUCGGAGAAAGCUACAUGAUGAUCAAAAACAAAGAUGCUUGAGAGCAGCUGCGGUUGCGCAGGAAGUUGUGGACUACGAAAGAUUGCUGGGUGAGCUGAAGGGUGACCUCGAGGUUGUUCAUACCGUCCCUCUUGAUCAGGUUCGUGCUGCACUACCCAAGUGGCAUCAAGCAAUGGCCAAGGAGGUCAAUCAGCUGUUGGAUGGAACUUUGAGACCUAUGACAUUGGCGAUGGCACGUGAUCUCGAAAGGUUGGCUCUCACUAUUGCUGGAGCUCGGAGCUGGACAGGCGCCACAUCCGACAUUGUGGCGGCCUUCCAUCUGGGAAUCACCGGCUAUUUGGAGCAAGUGCAGAUCGACGAGAUUGGCUUCGGCAAGGAUUCCAUGGAGGACAAGGUGCGAGCUCAGGGCAGUCUACUUGCUUUGGUGAUUACAUAUGUUGAUGACCUGCUCUACUUGGCCGAGAAGUCCCUUGUCGAGGCCAUUCACGAAUGGAUUCAAAAGGACUAUGUCUUUGAGAUCUCCCACGAAGGCUACAUUCGAGAGAAUGGUUGCAUGAUGGAGAACCUCACGCUGAUCCUCGCCUACCUCAAGACAACUCAAGCUCUAAAGCUGGUCAUGGGAUCGGAUGGAGUUGGAAAGGAAGGACCUAUGGAACUGGUUGGGUUUUCAGACGCCAGUUUCUCUCCACACGGAGAAAAGUCCUACGGCGCCAGCGUAGUGACGGUGCGAGACGCACCGGUCGCUUGGAAAGCGUCCAAGCAAUCAUUCGUCACCCUCUCGGUAAUGGAAGCAGAGCUCUAUGAGACAGCCAAUGCCGUGGUGCUCUUGGAAAGCGUUGGAAGCCUCUUAGAUGAAAUCCUGGGUUACCAAGCGAUCAGACGAUUGAAAGUUGACAAUUCGUCAGCCUUGUCAAUGGUUCAGGGAGGACCGGGAAGUUGGAGGACCCGUCAUCUUAAGGUUCGGAGCGCAAAGAUACGCAGCUUGGUGGAGACGGGCGAAUUGCUGGUGGAGCACACCACUGGUGAUCUGCAGCUGGCAGAUCUGGCUACAAAGAUGCAAACAAAGAUGAGAUUAUGGGAGCUGCUUACGUUGUGGGGUUUCAAGGAUCUACCUCAAGAAGCAGUCCAGGGUUUGAACACGAAGAGUGCAUACAUGGCGAUGCUUGUUCUGGCUUUGAUGAUCUCACCAGCCCGAGCAGAUGAUGGCACUACCCCGGCAAGGACAGGAUUGCAAGCGGUGGGUGUAGACGAGUUGAUGCUGGUUACGCUGCUAGUGUGCAUUGCUGCGGUCGCUAUUUGGGAAGCGAUGAAAGGGGCAACCAAGUUUGCUACCGGUUGGCUCCGAGAAUCCCCGAAGCAGAAGCGACUUCGUAAGCUACGAGAUGCCGCUAAAGCAGCGGCUGAGGAGGAGGUUGAUCGAGCCUUCAUCAACCGACAGGUUCUAGCGGAAGAGGGUGCUGCGGCAUCAGUUGCCCCUAUCCCGACCAGGGCAGCACCUGCUGGUUCUGCCGAUGACGUGGUCAUUGAAGAUGUGACGGCUCUGCUCGCCCAGGUCACCCAGCAAUCCGAAGACGAGGUGAAGAGAGCAGGUGUUAUCGAAACACUGCGAGCCUGCAACACGGUGGGUCUCCUCAAGGGACAGCCCAUCCUUCAGCGUUUGUUUCUGGACAUGUACGACGAGACCAAGCGCAAUCGGCUGAUGACUUCCAGCCGCGACUCCUCUACUGUGGGUAAGCCUCCUGUGGUAGCGGACGCGGUUGCCUCAGGUGCCGAUCGUCCCUCCCAGGAGGUGUCACCUGAGGAAGUUGAUGUCGAGAUGGUGGAGUCGAUGGAUCUGGCUGCUGGCGGCGACUUUGCCAUGGCGGACGUGCCCCCUGGGGAAGGGAGCGCGGCGCCGUCUAUCACGGUGCCGAGCACCUCCGGCGACUACGCAUGGGUGGAGCAUGAGGAUGUCGAGCAGUUGCAGGCCUGGAUCCAGGAGCAGCUGGAUGAGGCCAAGGACCCCCAGGCGGUCUUGCCGCUUAUGGAACUGCCUUGGGUCUCGGUCAUCGACCUGUUCAGCAAGUCCCACCCCUGGUGGGAGGCUGUGUGCAGGUGGUACUGCACCGUCCCGGAGGAGGUUGGGAUGAUCAAGGGCCAAAAGAUCACCAGCACGGUCUUGGCCCGGUGGAAUUGCUUGAGAAGGGAGGACCACGUAAAGCUCCUCUCCCACGUGGAUGCGACAUCGAAGGAGUUCCAUCAGGAGGAGCUCCUGGGUACAGACAGGGCGGUGGUCCAGUGCGUGGAUGCCAAGAAGGCGGUUUACAGGUUGGUGUCCCCGGACGUGCUGCCCGAACGUCUCUUCCGCAGCGAGGUUGCCACCAUCCUCCGGUCCCUCCCGAAAUUGGUGGUGGAGAAGAUGGUGGCUGGAGCGGAGUCCGAGAACGCAGGGCUCCUUGAGGACGCGAUCCUUAACGUUGGGGGCCACCUUCGCAGUAGAAUGGCGACGCUCCGCCAACAAGAGAUCCUCAAGAAGCAGGGCCAGGGUUUCGGCACGGCCACUGUGCCUAGGGUUCGGUGUUUUCUUUGCAGCAAGACGGUGCUUCCGGUCAGGGAGGCCAAUGCUUCAAUCGAGGCCCCGGCCCCAGAUGGAUCCUCCUGGCGUUUGGUGGAGGGUGCUUGGAAGAACACCUCGGAUUCUUUCCGGGAGGACUUCAAGUAUAAGUUUGGCCGGUGCCGUUGGCCGGGUGGGGGGACGUACUCCUCGGAGGAUCUGGCGCAGCAGAUGUCAGACCAGGCUGCCCAAGGACUCCUUUUCGCUUCGGACUUAGACUGCCCAAGGUUUGACUCUCAGGAUGGCCCGGAACAGAAACCACAUGAAUGCGGUGUGGUCUUUAGCCCGGACAUGGCCAACGCCCGCAUCACCCUGGAGGACGCGGCCCACCAGUCCGAGGGUGCUGCCACCUUUGCCGAGGCGGUGGACCUGGAGAACAAGACCCACAGAGGGAAGGUCCUCAAGGCGGCUGCGGGGGUUGCCUUUGCAGUGCUCCAAUGCCACUCGAAGCUGGUCGCCUGGGCCUCUGCCAACGAAGUGGCCUUCGUCGCCUUCAAGGCCCAAGGAGCGGACAUCCUCACCUGUUGCGAGAGGGAGUAUGCUGACGUGCCCACGGUCAGGACAGUCCUGACCAAGCUUGGUGUUGCAAUAUGCAACCUCCGGACCCCGAACCAGAAUGGCGCCACGCUCCUUGACCUGGUCUCCAAGGCGCACGCUGCGGGGAAUCUCCAAGACUUUGGGCAACAGGGCUGGGUGGAGGCGAAGGCGGGGGGCAUCUUUGUGAUCUCCUACCUGGACGGUGCAGAUGGGUGGACCCCGAAGCCAGAGCGGGCGCCCACGGACCGGGACAUCGCCAUGGAGAACCUCAAGGCCUUGGAGCAGGCGGCCAUGGAGGAAGGGAAGGUGGAAGAGGUGGCAAAGAAGGAGAUGACCUUUGACAAGGAGGAGAAGGCCAAGCGGGAGGAGAACAAGAAGCGCAACGCGGAACAGCUCCAGGAGCACUUUGUCUACACCCCGGUGGUCCAGCCGCCCAACCUGUGGAGCAAGGAGCUGGUGGAACUGGUGGAGCGCCAUGCAGAAGGAGUCACGGGUGAACUCUCGAGUUUCCAAGAGAGGGAUCUAAACGUGCUCGGCCGGAUCCAGUACGAAGUGGUGGCGGUCCACAAACUUAUCCAGUCGAUCCUGAACACCCCGGAGGACAUCGAAGGUGGGGACCUCAAGCACCAGGCCGAUGUUCAGCGUGUGGCCGCCUUCUUCAAUCCGGCACUUUUCGACAAGCCGUUCCCGGAGUUGCAAGGGACGAAGGCUCCGGAGACUCUGGAGGACAAGGUCCGGACCUUGGAUGCCAUGCUCCAGAUGCGCAAGAAGCAGUCGUACCUCACGGGCUGGCGUUGGGACAUCUGGAACAUGGUGGGCCCAACGAAAAACCUGGGCCAGAAGAAGUUUCAGAAGGGGUUUCCCCUGGUGCACUCCAACCUCCGAAAACGGGGAGAGUACCGGGCGGCCCGACUACGCGAUCAUCCUCCGCCGGAUGAGCUUCGAGGUCCACUGGACUCCAAGGACAGGCUUCGGCUGCGAGCUGAGUAUGACCACAGAGUCACGCUGCCCAUCGAGUCCCUCCCAAUCGACCUCAAGUCGUUUUUCUCCGGCAAGCACAAGUGGGCAGUGGCCUUCCAGUACUACCGCUGCACUGGAGGAGCUUGGUUGAAGGCCCCGAACUUUGUGGACAAGCCCAACCAGAGGCACUGGAUCCACAUGGAAUGUGGCAUGGCCCUGACAGGUUUCGACUACACCAGGGUCGGCUCGAGCAAGCGUACCAAGAACCGUUAUGCCUGCACACUUUGCAGGACGGAAUGGGGCAGGGACUCGGUGGAUGGCAAGUGGCUCAAGGGCGAGGUGGUCUUGCAGGCCAUCGUCACGUCCCCGCCGCAGGCAGAGCGUGAGAGGUGGAUCCAGGGGCGCAUGCUCUUUUGCCGGAAGUUCAAAGGCACGGGCCCGCUGCUGGAUGCGGCCCCACACAAGAUGCCGGGAAAGAACCCCUACCGCAUCCGCUUAAGCCCGAAGGCCUCCACACAGCUUUGGCGUCUGGUCUUCUCGGAGCCUUCUUUCCAGUCCUGGACGUCCUGGCUGACGCGGUCAAGGGAGAACUGGAGUCGGAUGCGGUGCCGAUUCCCUUUCCUGAACCUGAACAUCGAGGGCGACAGAAAGGGCUAUUUGGGAACGAUUCCAGCCAAGGCCAGGGACCUCCUGCUGGAAGGUUCUGGCAGACCGGUGCCAGACCAAGUGGAUUGGUCCUUCCUCCUCACGCUCUCCUUUGAGACUCACCAGAACAACGCUGGCCUAGGGCUGGGUACACGGUCCAGCGCUGGCGACGAGGUGGCAUACGGCAAGGUGACACCUCCCUUCUUCUCUGUGAUCCCUGCGCAUGGUGUGGAGAGAUGGCCACGAGUUGGUGUGACCGGUGCGAGAACCAGGGCUCCUUCACGGCACUUUGCAUGGGAUGUGACCGGGAAUGGGAUGGCUGCCGCUCACACCGCCAAGGACGCCAGCGAAGAGAUCGACCUCGUCGACCCGACCCCGGUGCCCCUCCUCCUCCUGAGAACAUGGAGGUCUUCGCCCUGGACUUGGAGAAUGACGGCCGGGGCCCGGGGCACACUGAGAGAUGCAACUGUGUGCGAUGCAGCUCUACAAGGAGGGCUGCUCGGAGGCAAUCCCAGGAUGGGCCAGAACCAGACCCGGAGGCCUAGGCAGUUUCCAUCCGGGGCACUUUGGUGGCUUUGCCUGGUGUCUUCCCUGGGCGCUUUGCUCCUGGUUACUCCCGGGCGCUCAAACAGACCCUCCCGCGGGUUGGAGGUCACGCUGAAGGACAUGGGCCUGGGCCCACACCCGGUGGAGUGUGAUGUGGCUGCCAAGGCCCUCCUGGACCCUGACGUGGUGGCCGGCGUCAAGGCAACCUGGCUUCAGACGCUCCUGGAGGAUAGGAGUCAAAAGCUUGUGGAGAACUUUCCGGACGCUGUCACAAGGCUCCAGCUGGCGGCGGCGGGCUGCCCUUCCUGGACAUCUCUCUCUCCUGUGGGUCAGCUCCUGGCAGACAAGGCUUUUGGGAGGGCCCUCCCAAUGGAACGCCUCAGCGGGAAAAGGUCGUGGGAGCACUGGGCACCCAGACCCUCGUUGAUGGAAGGUCCGGUCAAACAGUUGGCUUUGGACAGGGCAGCAAAGAAGAAGUGGGCGGACAAGAUCAUCUCGGUCCUCGCCCCCUACCACAGACACCUGGACAACAUGCAGGACAUCAAGCCGGGGGAGGAUAAGUACGAGGUCUGGCGGCCAUUGGUUGGCAAAGCCAGAGUCAAUUCCUUGAAGUCGGUCUUCUACAGCCUCAAGAAACUCCGCUCUACAUUGGGCUGCUCCCCCUUACCAUUCUCAGAGGAGAUGGCGAAGCACCUCCUCAAGCAGUUCACCAUCUACAGGCUGGGGCAGUUGUGGCGGACGCUGCACUGGGGCCUCCUGGUCUCGUCGGAGGCCAAGAAGGAGAGGAGGGCCACGCCACCUUCCAUGGAGGUGGUCACGGCACUGGAGAAGUUGGCCGGGACCCUUCCGGAGGGCUCCCCUGAUGGCUACGCGGCCUCAUUCUUCAGGUUUUGCAUCGGGGCCUCGGCUAGGUUCUCCGAUACAGUCCAUACCAGGCCUGACACCAUGAAGCUCACUAAGGACACUCUCGAAUUCACCGCCUGGCAGACUAAGGUGAAGGAGGUAGGGGACAACGAUCGCCCCCAGCCGCUCAUCGCACCGCUGGUCUCCUUCUCUCGGGUUGAGUGGUGGGGACCCAUGAUCGCCUUCAGUAAGAGGCGGAACCGCCUGGCCACCAAGGGCUUGGAGGACGAUUACCUCCUUCCGGUCCCAGACCGCGACCGCCUGGACUUCACGAGGGCCCCUUGUGAUAAUUCUCGGGCCCUGCGGUGGCUCAGGGCCCUUCUUUCUAUGAAGGGGGCCGUGAUUGCGGAGGAGGAGGUCAAGAUGAUGACUCUUUCCUCGUUCAGGGUCUUCAUGCCGAACCUGGCCUUUCAGAUGGGAGUCCCCCGGGAGCAGCGACGCUACUUGGGACGUUGGCAGGGGGACAGCAUGGCGGAUGUCUACACGAGGGAACACCGCUCGGUGGUCUUAUCCAUAUGGAAGGAAGUCCUGUCCAAGCCCCAGCCGAACGCCGAGGAUGGGGUCCAGUUUGUGCCGGAAGACCUGGAUGCCCCCUACUACAAGUUGUCUGAAGAGCCACUGAUGGAGGCCGUCGCUGCGCAGCUACCCCUGCUCACGUCUGCCAAGGAUCCUCCGGAGGAGAAGCGGGCGGAUGGUCCCGCCUUUAUGGCAACCAACUCCCGGAAGACCGGGUCUCCUCCGGUGUAUCGGGUACACUGGUUUGACCGGGGCUACCGCUGCCUGGGAUGUGGUUGGAGGCCCAAGGACUCCAAGAGUUUGGUCACUUUCUACGAGUUGGACUGGACACCAGACCACGUCUUCUGUGCAAAGGCGGCGAGGGCCAAGCGGCCCCCGGACUGCUUCUUGCUGGAUGAUGUGACCAAGGACUCCUCCAGCAGGGACCGCUCGGGUUCGGCGAAUUCCUUGGAAUCGGACUCUUGCUCUUCCCCCGGCGAGGAGGCUCCUCCCCGCAUGGGCGCGAGCUCGGCAGGCUCCUCCUCCACGGGAUCUCCAUCCACGGUGCCUUUCGUGGUAGUGCCGACCCCGUGA